AUGCAAAGUUUUUUAAAGGCUCCUAAAUUUGAUAAACAAUUUUUUUAUAAACCGCCCACUGACUUAUACCAAGAAUUUUGUAAUGCCUAUGCUUAUUCUGAGCAGGCAGCCCAUUGUAAUAUCGUCCCAAACAAACAAAAGUUAUUAAGUGAUGCACGAACAGAGUGGAAAAAAAUUCGGGAGCAGAAUGAAACCAUUAUUCAUAAGAAAAUACAAGCAUAUUUAGCUACUAAACCUCAUAUAAUCUGUUCAUAUCAAAGAAUAAUGAGACCGCCACCGACCAAUUCUGUCCAAACCUCAUCUAUUUCCAUGCUAAGUUCUUUACGAACAUCCAUUAAUAAAAGCAUUACGGCAAAGAAUGCAAGAGCGCAAAAUGAUACAAUUGAAAAGAUCAAAGAAGCGACCCAACAAAUAUUGGAGACUCCUGAUGCUGCCCUUCUACUAGAUCAAAAUAAUAGAUUUCUCCCCCCAUUAUCAAAGGCAGAAAUGGUCAUUUUAUUGACCCAAUACAUGCCCUUCAAUAUUUUGAUAAGUUGA